GAGGCGAAGCGAGGCGCGGAGCGGCGGGAGCGGUCGGGAAGAUGCUGGAGACGACGACGGCGACGGCGGUGGCCGAGCCGGAGCUGGACCCUGAGGACUUGGUUCAUUUCUCGGUGGGCGAUUUGCCCAGCCGCGGCUACGGCGUGAUGGGCGAGAUCCGGCGGCAGGGCAAGCUCUGCGAUGUGACCCUCAAGGUAGGGGACCAUAAAUUCAGUGCUCACCGGAUUGUGCUGGCAGCUUCUAUCCCGUAUUUCCACGCCAUGUUCACCAACGACAUGAUGGAGUGCAAGCAGGAUGAGAUUGUCAUGCAGGGGAUGGAUCCCAGUGCACUUGAGGCUCUGAUCAACUUUGCCUACAACGGUCACCUGGCAAUAGAUCAGCAGAAUGUCCAGUCUCUGCUGAUGGGGGCAAGUUUCCUUCAGCUGCAGAACAUCAAAGACGCUUGCUGCACUUUCCUCAGAGAGAGGCUUCACCCGAAGAACUGUCUGGGAGUGCGGCAGUUUGCAGAGACGAUGAUGUGUGCGGUGCUUUAUGAUGCUGCCAACAGCUUCAUUCAUCAGCACUUCGUGGAGGUAUCCAUGUCUGAAGAGUUCCUGGCACUGCCUUUUGAAGAUGUCCUGGAGCUCGUUUCUAGGGAUGAGCUCAACGUGAAGUCUGAAGAGCAGGUAUUUGAAGCUGCAUUAGCUUGGAUACGGUAUGACCGAGACCAGAGAGAGUCGUUCCUACCCGAGCUCCUGUCCAAAAUCCGCCUACCCCUUUGUCGACCUCAGUUUCUCACUGACCGCGUGCAACAAGAUGACCUGGUCCGCUGCUGCCACAAAUGCAGGGAUCUAGUUGAUGAGGCAAAAGAUUAUCACCUCAUGCCAGAGCGCCGGCCACACCUCCCAGCGUUCAAGACACGUCCGCGGUGCUGUACAUCGAUCGCAGGAUUGAUUUAUGCUGUUGGAGGACUUAACUCAGCAGCAAAUUUUUAUGCAGGUGACUCGCUGAAUGUGGUGGAAGUCUUUGAUCCCAUUGCCAACCGCUGGGAGAAGUGCCAGCCGAUGACGACGGCCCGGAGCCGAGUCGGGGUCGCAGUGGUGAAUGGACUGCUCUAUGCCAUUGGCGGCUACGAUGGUCAGCUGAGGCUGAGCACUGUGGAGGUUUACAACCCGGAGAUGGAUUCCUGGUCCAAAGUAGAAAGUAUGAACAGCAAGCGAAGUGCCAUGGGAACAGUGGUGCUGGAUGGCCAGAUCUACGUAUGUGGCGGAUAUGAUGGAAACUCAUCCCUCAACUCCGUGGAGUCCUAUUCUCCAGAAACAAACAAGUGGACAGCGGUGACCCCCAUGAGCUCCAACCGCAGUGCCGCCGGAGUCACCGUCUUCGAGGGCCGGAUCUACGUAUCGGGAGGGCACGAUGGUCUCCAGAUCUUCAACAGCGUGGAGUACUACAACCAUCACACGGCCACCUGGCACCCGGUCGCCAGCAUGCUCAACAAGCGGUGCCGCCACGGAGCAGCCUCGCUGGGCAGCAAGAUGUUCGUCUGCGGAGGCUACGACGGUUCGGGCUUCCUCAGUAUCGCCGAAGUCUACAGCUCCAUGGCGGAUCAGUGGUACCUGAUCGUCCCUAUGAACACCCGGAGGAGCCGCGUCUCUCUCGUUGCAAACUGUGGCCGUCUCUACGCUGUGGGGGGUUAUGAUGGACAGUCCAACCUCAGCUCGGUAGAAAUGUAUGACCCGGAGACAAACCGCUGGACGUUCAUGGCCCCGAUGGUGUGCCACGAGGGAGGGGUUGGCGUGGGCUGCAUACCCCUCCUGACCAUCUGAGAAGAAAGCCUUUGGGGGGGCCGUCUUUUCAACGACAAUCCAGGGAGCGGUUCAAAGAGUGUUUCAUGAUGUGAUAGCUGCAGAGGUGCGUUUCCAGGUGCUCAAGUGUCAUUCACACACACACACAAAACUUGACAAAACAAUCCCCACCCUUGGCUUUUUGGGCUGAGGCUCCUGAAAGAUUGAACAUGUUGAAACGCGAUGCGUCUACGUGCUGGUGGAGCAAGGACCUGCCUGCCUCCCUCCGCCACCCGUUAGCCUUUGCUAGGAGCUGUGGCUAAGCGAAUCCUUCCUCUCGCCGUUGGUUUUCCAAAUAGCCCUGCAGUCUGCUCUCGGCUGCAUCUUUGGGAAGUGCCGUUGUAGGCUGGGGGAGGGGGGGCAAGUUUAAUUGCGACAUAAAAACAGCCACUUUAAUGACUUUGAAAAUACAUUUGCGCCUUCCGUCAGCAGCAAAGUGACCCCGAUACCCCGAGGGUUGGGUCAGUGACGAUGUUUGGGUGUAGUGGUUGCUUGCUGCUGGGCAUGGGCAGCUCUCACCUGGCUUAUUGAAAUGGAAAAAACCCACCAGUGUUGGUUCCCGGACUGCAUCCAGGCUCUGCGUUUUAAGGUUCUUCUUACACAAGACAUCGCUGGCUUCUCGAAGCAGAGCUGUGCUUUCUUCAGCUCGAUGGGGAAAACUUCUCCACAAGAGCCGCAUGAUGGAGAAACUAGGAAGAGGAAAACUGGUCGGUUAAACCAUUGAAUCAUUUUAGCAAGCUCUGGAGAAGGCUGAACGUAAAUGAUACUAAGCAACAGUCAGGAUUUCAAAAUGGGAAAUAGGCCAAGGUGUUAAUUAUAAAGAUGUCCCUUAAAUUAAAUAUUGAUCGAUUUUCAAAGUCAAUGUUUAAGAGGCAGCUGGAGCGGAGCAUGGCCAGGAUUUUUCAGGAGAGGCAAGAAAAAUACGUCUCGAAUUUGUCAGCUCUGGAAGUGCACCGCUGUGCUGAUGCAGGGACGCCCCGUCCCUGGGGGCGGGGAGAGGGACGGCUGCCCAAGCGAGGCUGUUUUGGGCAGCACAGGCAGAGAAAUCCCACGCAGGGACGCGGGGUGAGCAUCCCUGCAAAGGGCCAGGGGGAAAACGGCGCGUUGGCGGAGCCAGCGCAGCCGUGGCACGGGCGAGAUCCACGCCUUUUGGUUAUUUUCUGGUUUGCUACGCUGGGAAAGGUCUUUGCGGUUGGUUUUGUGCCGGGAAACUUUCUGUGACCGGGCUGAAGCAGCUGCCUGCCGUGAAGCGGUACGCAGGCAGCGCGGCAGCUCCCUGCCCGGGACGCCCUUGCCCCCAUCAGCUCUUCAGCGCUUCUCUUGCAUGAAUUCGAACCGCCAUCCCUCCGCGGCUCUCUUCCAUGCCCGUGUCCUCCCGUGCCACCCUUCGGCAAAGCCAUACCUCUUCACCGCCGUUGAAGCGGGCAGGCAGGGACGGGCAGGUGCAGGCAGGCACAGGCUGCUGCCACCCCUGCCUGCUCAGGCAGGAGGAACUUGACACUAAUCCCGCCGGCAGCGACAAAGGGAUGGGGAUCUCACCCUUUGUCCUGCCCGAUCCCAGUGUUUCGGGGGGCUCGGAGCCUGCCCCUCCUGUCCCCCACCUUGCACCGAGCCAGGGGGAGCUGGAUGUUCACCCCAGCCCCCAAACCCAGAUCCCCACACUUGUUCAUACCUGAAUCCCAGCGUCGCUUGGGAUUUUAACUUUGGGUGUAUAUGUGGAUGUCUAUAUAUUCAGGUACUAUGUAUAUUUUAGGUAUAUAUAAUGAGCAUAUCUGGCUAUAAAUGUGAUUUGUCAGUAUAUAUCUAUUUCCUCCGUGUAUAUAUAUAUCAGCUGCUGGGUUCACUGGAGGGGGAAUUCAUUUGGGGUUUCCAUGCUGCUAAGACUCUUUAAAAAGGAAAAGAAAAAAAAAAACCAAAACACCCACGAACAUUGGAAUCAAAAUGAAGAUGCUUUUUGGGCCGUGAAUUGCAGAAAUAACUGAGCUGGAGCUGCAGUGGGGUCUUUGCAGAAGGACCAGCCUCCGUCCCUUCGAAGGGAACGACCAUGCCCUAUUUUUCCAUCUCUCUGCCCGACUUCCCCCUGGCUCGAGUGCUGCUGGGGAGGAAUCCUGCAGCUCACGCUCCCAUAGCCUCGGAACUGCCUCUUAUCUCCCACCCCGUAGCAUCUUCUCUUCUCCAGGACAUGUCCUUCGGAUGGUCACCUUGCGCAGAGGAGGCUUUGAUCAGCAUGGGGCUGCUCUCCCGGCGUGCCGUUGUCCCAUCUUGUGUCCCUUCUCCCUCCCAGCUGGGGCUUCGUAUCCGUAAGAAUGUGAAUAUUGGAUCAAAUAUGCUUGCAAGAGCAGCGGCUCCAAGACCUGCUAAAGCUGGGGCUGUUGAUGACCCCCAGGCUCCCAAGCUGAUGCUCAGCAGCACGGUGGUCCCAGGGGACUCAGAUGUCCCCCAGCCGCACUGCUGGAGCUCCCUGGGUUUCAUUCCCUGGGGAAUUUCUUUGCUUUUACUUUGUGGAUGAACCAAAGAGAAAGGGGAGCGCCUGGCCCUUCAGCAAGGCUGCAGCACCUCCAUCUUCGGGCCCCAAUCUGCUGGUGUCCGUAAGGCGACAGAAAAAUAAUGAAUUUGGGGGAAACAAGCCCUGGUCACCCAGGGAAUGUAAGCUCCUGGGAGAGUGUGAUCGGCUCCGUGCAAUGCUUGGUAGAUCCUGUGUCCUCAAAUUCAAGGAAAACCCCCAAAUUUUGCAAGAUGCAUUAAAGAUCCUCAUAAUAUACCGGCACGUUUCUGUGUCCGCAAACCAUGCUGCGCUCCCCACCCAUUGCCCUCGCACCGGGGAAGUGCCCGGGGUUUUUGCUGCACUGCUUCUCCCCCUUGCACACACCAACCCCUGUCCCCACCCCAAAAGGGCACUUUUACUGUCACUUAACCCUUUUUAUAUUAAAACCAAGAGAAAUUCA